UUCUCUUUCGAAUUCUCUUUGAGGAUUCAACGACAGAUGGCCUAGUAAACCCGUUAAAAUUCCCUUCACAGCAUUUUUCUAACUGACCUUGGGUUUCUCACACACACACACAAACAUACACACACACACACAAGGUCAUGUGCUGGUUUGCUACGAGAUACUGGAGGGAGGAACAUCUUCCUCCACCCAGAACACACAAACACACACCACAGAUGUACACUUGUACAUACAUGUCCUCUCUAAAAUUACAUACAAAUACAAAACACACACGCUUUCCCCUCCCUCCUCUCUCUCUCUUUCUCUCUCUCUCUCUCUCUCUCUCUCUCUCUCUCUCUCUCUCUCUCUCACUCACUCUCUCUGAUGCUGUGAGUUCCUCCUCUCUAUGGUUGGGGGGGUUGAACACAGGAUUCUCGCUGCUUUCCUUUCAGUCUGCAUUCAGACACACACACAUAGACGCAGCCAUGAGCGCAGGCGAUGUGGUGUGCACAGGAUGGCUCAUAAAAUCCCCUCCGGAGAAGAAGCUAAAAAGAUUUUCAUGGCGAAAGAGAUGGUUUGUUCUGCGGAGGGGUCGGAUGAGCGGGAAUCCCGACGUUUUGGAAUACUAUCGUAGCAAGAGCUCCCGUAAGCCAAUCAGAACUAUCGACCUUCAAGAAUGCGAGGUAACCAUUGAGGCCGAGGUGCGACCGACCAAACGCCAGUACCAGAAUCAGCACCUUUUUGUAGUUAAGACUGCCACACGCAUCUUUUACCUGCUGGCUAAAACAGCAGAGGAGAUGAACAGCUGGGUGCAGAAUAUCGGACAGAUUUGUACGUUUGGAGGUCUGGAUGGACAUGCAGAAUCAAUGGACAGUCUUAAUCGGACCCCAUCUUCCCAGCAGCCCUCUCCAGCCCUCUCUCCUCAUGUUUCUCUGGUGGCCAAUCAGGACACAGUUACCGUCGAAAACCAUGCCAUCCAAGACAGGCCCAGCGAAUCAGAUAUUAGCCCUCCACUUGACUACCUCUUCCUUUCUCAAUGUGAGACCGGCACGAAGAGCAUCGUCAGGUGUGACAGCGUCUCCAACUCAGAACGUUCCUUUGAGCAAAGCUCAUCUGAGUACACAGAGGAUGUGUUUAGCCCCGCCCCACGCAUUGACUCCUCCCCCUCUCCUUUCCUUUUGGGCGGGGCGCCCGAACCUCCCUUCAGUGCCCCCUGUGGCCCACUCUCUCUCUCGGUCUCCUCCUCUCUCUCUUCUUGUCUCUCCUCUCCCGUUUCGUCACGGCAGCCGUCUGACAUUUUCAGAUUCGAUCGGCCCUUCUGCGUUGCAUCAGAGUCACAGACACCUCCUCCUCUCCCGCCCAAACCCACGCAUCUGUCGGAUUCCCACUCCAAUGACGAUACGGGGCGUAAUCAGGUGCAACCGGUCCUCCUCCCUCGCAGGACAUCACUGUCAGGAGUAGACCAUUUCAGGAGAGAGUUUGACCAUCCUGGAAGAAACUGGAACAAACGACUGAGCCUGAACCUGCCCAUAUUUAUGAACAGUGCAGUUACUGAAAACCACUCAUUAAUAUGUGAAGAUUCGUAUGUGCCCAUGGCCUCCCCACCUAUCAGCAGCUCUGAUGCUACUUUGGACGGGUACAUACCCAUGAGCCCCACCAGCUUGCCUGUCUCCUUACUGUCCAAUGGGAAAACAGAGCUACCCUCACCUUCAAAUCCUGACCUUGAACCCCCUCCAGUCGACCGCAACCUGAAACCAAGAAGGCGAGUACGGCCGCCACCCUUAGACCUGCGGGGUUUGUCCACUAUCUCUGAAUGUCCAUUCCACGUCCCUCUUACACGCACCAUGACCGAACCCAACGCAUCGUUUCAGUGUGUUCCUUUGGACAGGCGGCGGGGGUGGGGCCUAAACGGUCCUGAACAGGAAGAGAGCCUAACGCCGACGGACUCACGGCAGGUUUUGUUCCCAGCUUGCGACUCCACCCCCUGGAUGGGACGUUCACAGCUGGAUUACUUGUCACUAGACUUCAACUCCGCCUCACCUUCACCUGUCCAAAAGAAACCAUUGCUGGCAGAUGAGUACAGGGUGGAUUAUGUGAAGGUAGAUGAGAAGAAGACGCAGGCUUUACAAAGCACCAAAAUGGAGUGGAAGGACAAUCGUCAGUCGAAAGCCUGAAGCCUUUUGGGAAAACAAUCAAUUUAAAUUAUUAAUGGUUCAACACUUGACUUGUUUCAUCUACGAUAUCAGGUACUUUUUGUUCUUUUACACUGCUGUGAAGGGUCAGCCGGCAAGGAGAUGAAAAUGAAACCUUCAGCAAGAAGGAAAUUAUUCCAGAAUAAAAGACCUCCAAAACGACGCAGGAACUGAAAUCUUGUAGUCGGUAGUUGCAUUGGCAAGAAAAUCCAAACUGUGCUUGAAUCUCAUCUAAAAAGAUUGCUCACCAAAUUUUGAAGCUGAACAAAAUUGCACAAACGCAGUCCAUCGGGGAGUUCUGGGAAAAAUUCAGACUAUGGAGUAUUUUUUGCACCACUUAUUUUGAAAUAAUUUCCUAAAUAUAAAAGCACAUCGAUCAUUGAUGUAUGCGACACAUACAGUCUAUGGACACAAAUGAUGCGUUGCCUCUUUAUAAAUAUUAUUCUGAAAUAAUGUGUUAUGAAGUCUCUAUGUGGAUAUUAUGAAUUUGUUACAUAUUUAUGAUGUGUACAAUCACUGAAGAGAAGGAUUAUAGCAAUGAAUGUCUUUUGCACUGGUUUAAACACCCUGAAGAUCAUUUUUUACAUGGACACCUUAUGCUACGAUGUUUAAGGAGAGUUGAACCACUGGAACCAAACACUGUGAUUGGACACUGGAAAAAGAUUUGGUAAUACAUCAGAACUUUGAAGGAAAUUUUUGUAAAAGGGAAUUUUGUUUGCCUUUUUUUAAGAUUGAAUGGCAAGUGAAUAUAAUUGAAUGUUGAAUAUGUGAGACUACUACUGUCAUAUUAUUGACCUGCCAGGGUUAUGAAGGGCUGUCAGAAUGUAUUUCUCCGAUUACUUUGACCGGUUUAUCAUUAUGAGGCAUUACGAAUGUAUUUCUCAGCUGUUCGCGAAUUCUUGCGCCAUGUCAUGCUACGAUUAUGACACUGUUUUGCCAUUUUUUUAUUGGUCACAUUGCACCUUUGCCAUACUGGCAAGAACACAAAGAUCUCAUGGGAAACAAUCACUGUGACAUCAUCAGUUUUAUCCUGAUAUUCUUCAGUGCUCUAUGUCUCAUGAAGUGAGUGAGUGAGUGAGUGAGUGAGUGAGUGAGUGAGUGAGUGAGUGAGUGAGUGAGUGAAAUGUAGAGACCUUACUAACCUGUGUGAAUGAAUGGAUGUCUUUACGUCAGCAGAUAAAUUAUUGUGAUGCUGUUCAGCUCAAUAAACUCGAACAAAAAAAUGA